UCCUGGCGAGGAAGACUGGAUUCAAAUCUAUAUUAGUGUCUUAAUAUCUAUCAUCUUUUUUUCCCAUGAAGAUGACCAGUGAGACCACAUCCCUGCAACCCCUGAAACAAGCAAUGAAAAGGGUAGAGAAAAAACUUCAGACUUUGGAAACACAGUUUGAAGAAUUGGACUCUGCCAUGGAAAAUCUGACUCAAAAGUUUGAAUUUCACAGAAAGACUCUGGAAAGCCAGGCAGUCCAAGAUGAGAUGUGGACAGCAGUUCUGGAGAUCAAGUUCACUUCUUUGGAGUUAAAUAUAUUCUACAGCUACAUCAUUGAAACACUUCAUUACCUACACUCUCAGGUACUGGAGAAACUUCCAGACCUGGAAAGAAGGCUUCCCACUUUAGCAACUGUUCUUAAGCGAAAAAACAAUAACAAACGUAUUAGAGUUGUAUGGGACACAGUUUUAGAGGCAUUAGGACUUCAGGAAGAAGAUGUCAAAGCCUUCUGUACUUUCUUUAUUGCACAUAGCAGCAAAGCAGAAUACUAUUCAGCUAAUCUGAGGCAGAUGUACAUCCAUGAUGCCACCCCCAUGAUAACCAAUAUUGUGAAGAACCAGAUUUUGCAGAAUAGUUUGCUGCAUGCAGUUCAGAUAAUAGAGAAUAAGAAAACUGCUAAAGCAUAAAAAAGAACAAAAAGAAAUCUCGAAAAUGGUGGCAUUCCCCAUCUAAAACUAAUUCAUGUUUGUGAUGAAAAGUUGUAAUUAUUUAUGUUCAUAUGUGCAAUUCCCUAAAUCUCUGGAUUUGUUUGCAUUGCAAAAGGGGCUCUUCAUUCAGUCAUCAUUUAGUAUUUAUUGAGUGUCUACAAUAUCAAUAGCAUCAUGCUAGGUGCUAUGGGAAAUACAAAGAAGUAUACAGAACACAUAGUCUUUGCCUUCAAAGCUUAUAGUAUAGUUAAGGAUACAGAUAUGAAUACAUAAAGAAUUAAAUAAUCAAGUAACUGUUGGCUCUUGAAAUCUAUAUUUCAGUUAAAUCCUGUUUCUAUCACCUUUUGUAGAGAGUUAGAGUCACAGGAUAACAUAGAAAUGAAGACUUCCAAAAAUGCUUCCAUGAAUUUUUUUGGGGGGGCAAUUGGGGUUAAGUGAUUUGCCCAGGGUC